GGCCUCGCAGUAGUCAUGUGACAAUGACGUCAAUGACAUGCGCCUGUAACACCACGAGAGUUGCGAAAACAAUCUGCGGGUGGUCGGGACACUGAAGUCUCAAUGUCAUGGAGCUUUACCAGCGUGUCGACAGAGGAAGACCACAUUUAAAUGACUGAUGCACUUACAUCUUAUUAUAUAGGACAUUCUGCAAUAAGGCAGUGACCUCUAGGAGGGGUCCCGAUAACCUCCUACCCCUAUCCCCACCCCCAUACCCCGUCCUAGGUCCACCAUGUCUCACCAGAUUUGUAAAGCAGUGGAGUUGCUGAUGCGCUCUGCUUGCUGCCAGACCAUCAGAGGUAGAACCUGUCGGCACAAAACAGUGUUGGCUUCGUUGGGUCCUUCUGGCCGCUGUGUUCCUGGGGUUCCUGUGCUUCAUAAACGGGCCUACAGCUUGGACUCGCUCUCUUCAGGUCCUGGUCGGCCCUCACUUGGUCCAUGCUCUCAACAGCCCCGUGCAGAGAGAACGUCACCCCCCUCAGCUCUCGCACACAGGAACCUGUCUGCUGUGGCACUACAGGGCCAAUGCCGUCCUUUGUGCAGAUAUGACUUCCUGGACCUUGGCGAUGUCGAGGAAAACAUACGCCGUGCUCAAUCCUGUAAAACAAUAAGACGGUUCCUUUUAGACCCUGAACUAGCCAAACUGGUGGCCCAGCAUCUGGAGCCUGAAGAUACUAAAUCUUUAAUCUUUGAAUGUAACCCAGGUCCUGGGGUGUUGACUAGGACACUGCUAAAUUCUGGAGCUCAGAGAGUUGUGGCACUUGAAGGGGAUAAAUCCUUCAUACAAGAUCUUCGGGAUUUGGAAGGUCGUCUUGAUGGUCAAAUGGAGGUGGUUCACUGUGACUACUUUAAACUGGAUCCCAUCGGAAGCGGGAGUGUUAAACCCCCUGCCAUGUUCAGUGACAAACUGUUCACUGACCUGGGAAUAUCAGAAACCAGCUGGACAGACGACAUCCCAGUGAAGGUGGUGGGCAUGCUGCCACAGCGUAAUGAGCGUGGUUUGCUACUGAAGAUGGUCUACGCUUUGUUUGAAAGACUGUCUGUCUACAGAUACGGAAGAAUAGAGCUCAACCUCUUCAUAAGCGAGAGGGAAUAUCUGAAACUGGUGUCACGCCCAGGACAAAUGAUGCACUACAGAGCCUUCAGUGUCCUCUGGCAGAUGGCAUGUGAAAUUGAACUGCUGCACAAGGAACCCUGGGAGUCAUUUGUGAUGUCUUCAAAGAAGAGUUCGCCUGCACUUAAGGGCAUGCUUCCCAACGAGCACCUGUGCCUGGUACGCCUGCGUCCACGGGCUGAUCUGUUCUCUGCAGGCCUCAGUCCUGCUAAUGCUUCAACUCUGCUCAUGAUGGUCAAACAGUGUCUGGCUAAGAGGAAGGUCAAACUCAUUGACAGACUCAAUCUCUGGUCACCAGAUAGUGGGAGUAAGCUGUUGUCUGAGAUGCGCCUGCCAGAGGACAUACUGACAGGCCACGUUUAUCCAGAGGAGUAUCUUCGACUGUUCCAGUUGAUGGACAAGAGUCAGGAGUUCACGCAGAGCUGGCUCUAUGAAGAGAUUCUGGAGAACACACAGAGAGAGGGCUGGGGAUAAACUACUUGUGUAUUGGUCAUUUGUAUAGUUUCUUAGAAAUGCAAUAAAAUGAAAACAAAAACGUACUAUAUAAUGCUAAUUUAAUAUAAAUAAUAUGUAAUGUGUGCUGUAAUGAAAUGGGCACACAGAACAUAUAUUCAAACGCAGAAUAACGACUGCAUCAAUACUGUUGUUAAGAAAACAUUCUUGAACUCAUGAAAUGUUUGUGACUUACUGUGCUAACAGAAUAUGCACAGAUUACAGGGAACUGUUGUCCUGGACUUGGAUUCCCAUGAGUUAAAAUAUAGGAUAAAAACUUAAGAGUCACAUUUUUUUCUGCCCUCUAUCGAUUUCAAAUAGUUGCAGAAUAAAUGUCCUGUGAUAAAUGAAAAUAUCAGCAGUGUUUCCUGAGAGGGCUCAAAAAUCUUCAUGGAUGUACCAGGUCAUUUAAUGGUAUAACAAUAAAGCUGCUGAAACUUUGAAGCAACUGCAGUUUUUUUUAAUGGUUAUGUUAUGUUGUGGUUAAGUUUUACUGAAGAAGACCCAGCAUGUUUAAUGUAUUGCAUAAUUUCCCUAACCAACAUCAGUGAAGGAAGGAGUGGAAUGUUUUUACAGCAAAUAUUCAUGGUUUGUAUAUUUUUGUAAACGUGUUGCAGGUGAAUAAGCUUGGCUGUGUAAGCUGUGUCUUCAUACAAUUUUGAACUGUAAUUAAAUCAGAGAAAUGUUA